AUGGCGGCGGCCCGCGUGCCUCGCCGUGCGAGGAUCGUGUCAGCCCCGGCGUCAGCGAUCGCGCUGUCGCAGCGGAUCGUAGGCUCGUCGCUCUCGUCGCACAUCGCACGAUCUGCCUUCCAGUCUCCCGUUCUUCCAUCCCACCAUCCCUCCGCCGCCGCCGCCGCCACCGCCGCCGCCGCUUCCGCUACACCUGGUUUCAGUAGCGGAACCGUCACUGAUUCCGCAGCUGAUAGGGACGCCACAGACGCGACUGUAGCUUGUAUCGAGGCUUCCCGUAAAGGGGUUGUGGCAGGGAGAUUCAGCCAGCCCCGCUUUUCCCUCCUCGUUCCUGCUGCGUCGAUCACCCUCACCCACCCAUGGCCGCCCGUGCACCAUCCUCUCUCUGCCGCGCCCAUCCCCGCGCUCGUCCGCUUCCUUUCGUCCUCCGCGCUAGCGCCGCAGCAGCUCCACUCCACCGUCCUUUCCCGCAGCGCGGGCGCGGACAGCAGCAGCAGCAGCAGCAGCAGCAGCGGCAGCGGCGGAGGCAACAUUGAGGCUCUGCCGCCCUCUGUACCCCGUGCCGUUCCUGACCCUGGAGAGUCCCUAUCAGCGCGUGUGGAGCUAGCAGGCAGCGAGGUGGUGUUUGAGACGGGGCGGCUGGCGCGCCUGGCGUCAGGAGCAGUGGUGGUGGGUGUGGGUGACACCAAGGUGCUCGUCACCGCUGUCUCAUCGCACGAUCGGGACACCUCCCGGGACUUUCUCCCUCUCAUGGUGGACUACAGGGAGAGGCAGUACGUGAUGGGGCGCAUACCCAACACGUACAUGCGGCGGGAGGGCGCGCCCAAGGAGAGGGAGAUCCUCUGUGCGCGCAUCAUCGACCGCUCCAUCCGCCCGCUCUUCCCCAAAGGCUUCUUCUAUGAUACCCAGAUCACGGCGUCUGUGCUGAGCAGCGACCAGGAGCAGGACCCGGACGUGCUGGCGGUGAAUGCGGCGUCGGCAGCGCUGUGCAUCUCAGACAUCCCCUGGAACGGCCCCAUUGGCUGCGUGCGUGUGGGGCGCAUUGACGGGCAGUUCGUUGUCAACCCCUCCAUGACCCAGCUUGCGGGCAGCGACCUGUCACUGGUCUACGCAUGCACACAAGACCACGCAGUGAUGAUGGAGGUGCAGGCGCGCGAGAUAAGCAACGAGGACAUGGCAGCAGCGCUGCACCUUGCGCACGCAGAGGCCGCCAAGCUCAUUCCCCCGCAGCUGGAGCUCGCAGAGCAGGCGCGGCAGGAGAAGCGCCAGGCAGUGCCGCUGGUGGUGACACCGGCAGUGAUGGAGCGAGUGAGAGGGCUGGCAAAGGACGCUGUCACGGCUGUGCUCACCAAUGCACUCUACUCCAAGCAAGACAGGGGGCGGGCACUGAGCAAGGUGCAGGAGGAUGUGGCGGAGGUGCUGGGGGGAGGGGGGAGCUUGGCUGCUGGGGAGGAGGCGGAGGGGGAGAAGCAGGAGGGGGAGGGCGGUGAUUCCGCGUUGGCACAGCUGCCAGGCGCCAUGGAGAAGCUCAAACGAGAGGUGAUUCGCGACGCUGUGCUGGGCAGGGGUUCGAGAGCAGACGAGCGGGGGUUGGAGGAGGUGCGGCAGGUGGCGUGUGAGGCGGGCGUUCUCAACCCGCUGCACGGCUCCUCACUCUUCUCCCGCGGGAACACACAGGUGCUGUGCACGGUCACUCUUGGCCCACCGGAUGACGCACAGCGAGUGGACUCCCUUACAGGAGUGACCCAGAAGCGGUUCAUGGUGCACUACUCCUUCCCGCCCUUCUCCGUCAACGAAGUGCGCAGCGAGCGAGGCGGGCUCAACCGCAGGGAGGUGGGGCACG